GCGCCUCACUUGCUACUCUGACAUACGGUAGCAAACAAUCAUGUUCAGAUUUUCCACCCGUCGUACGUCCCGCACCCCUGCACAAUGCGCCGAGCGCAAGAGAAAGAAGACUGAUUGGAUUGAAUGUAAUGAUAGUCACAGCAUCGGCGCUGCCAAAGCCGUUCUUCAUAGCAAGGAACUCUCUUGUGGCGAGCCAAUUCCGGUAUGGCCACCGAACCUAGAACCCCUGUCUCGAAUUGCCUGGGCUCAUUCUAACCACCGUAUGAUAACUCUUCCUUUCUUUUGCUUAUCGGUCAUAGCCUCAUCACAACCUCCACCUCCGUUCCCGCACAGAAUGUCUCCCCGGACGACGCCUGCGCAAUCCUGGUCGCCCAGCGCAAGCAGCGGCCUAUAUCCCCGCACCUAAGCAUUUACCAGCCGCAACUGACCUGGUACGGGUCCGCUGCGAACAGGAUUACUGGUUCCGUUCUCUCGGUGGGUGCAUAUGGCUUCUUCGCCGCGUACGCUGUGGCGCCGGCGUUCGGAUGGCAUUUUGACAGCGCUACUAUCGCAGCGGCAUUCUCAGGGCUACCGGCUGCGGCCAAGUUUGGCAUUAAGCUUGCUGUUGCCUUGCCGUUUUCUUAUCACUCUUGGAAUGGGAUUAGGCAUUUGCUCUGGGAUACUGGCAAGGCGUUGGAUAUCAAAGAUGUCUACAGGACUGGGUACACUGUUCUUGGGUUAACGACCAUUAGCGCAAUUUACCUGGCGAUGGUUUAA